UUCACAGAAGGGUCUGAUUAGCUCUUUGACAGAGGAGCUUGAAAAUACACAAACAGACAAGUUAAUGCUAGAGAAAAGCUUUCUGGAGCACAGGAUAGCAGCCAUUAAAUCAGGAUACUACCAGAGGCACUCUAUUGAUGAGCCAACAUCACCAAACGGAAGCAGUAAAGAGUCCAAGACAAAGAAUCAUUGCACGAUGGGUACCGACGGAGACGAUGAGGCUGAUGAUGAGGAUGAGGAUGAUCUUCAUCAUGACGGGGAUGACGAUGAGGAAGAGGAGGAGGAGGAGGAGGAGGAUGAUGAGGAAGAAGAGAUUGAUACAGAGACUCUCAUCAAAGCACUGGAGGCUGAAGCGAGGAGCCUGAAAGGAAGAAGACAGAGUUUUGAUAUCGGAGGGCUGGUUGAGGAACGUGAGAUUGCCGAGCGCUUUGAAUCCGAGAUGAUCGACAACCCUCGACCAGGAGCGAGAUGUCAUGUGACCAAAGUAACCAUGACUAGCCUGUCAUCCACAAUGAGAGAACUGUAUCAGCUCCGCUUAAAACAGUUGGGGGAUCCUUCCAUCUUCACCGAACUCUACUUCUGUGGAAGCCUUCACCAUCCGGAACGCAUCAACAAGAUCAUGAGUAAGGGAUUUUCAGACGAAGAUUUGACGUACGGAGAGUUUGGAGUAGGGCUGUAUUUCUCAAGCCACCCAGGAACUGCAGCUCACUUUUCAGCAUUAGGUAAAAUGAUUCUGGUUGAAGCCGGGCUUGGCAGAACUGAAUCUGUGAUCAAGAAAGAUAAAUUCCGACUCACCGCUCCGGUUGGAUUUGACUCCAUAGUGACACCAGGGAGACUUUCAGCUAUGAGCCCUAGUAGUGGAGAUGGUGCACAUGAUUUGGCCACACCAAGCAAAUGCAACGAGUAUGUGAUCUUUGAUCACCUUCAGGUGAUACCUAUAUGCUUGAUCGAGUACACCACGACCCAGACCAGUGUGAAAAGUGUUCGGUUGUGAUGACAUCCUACCUCUCUGAAAUCGUCAUUUUCUCCUUAACCCAUUCCAUAGAAGUAUAGUCAUUGGAUGGUUCAAUUAUAAAACCUACUGGACUGACAAAAUUAUGUAGUCAAUUAAUUGGAGUAGUAUCUGUAAUGCAGUGAGCUCAUAAGUUCCAUGGCUUACAUGUAUGUGAUGCUUUUUUAUAAUUUCUCCCAUUAGCCAACAGGGACAGCCCAACUAUUAUAAAUCUAUGCCUUUUUUUAUCAGAUAAACUCAUAAAAUAUGGAAAUCUCAAAGUGGCAAAUUUUGUUACCUUUCUGUUAGGGCAAGUAUCAAAUUCCACUCUCUGUGUAUUUAACACAAAAUGACUCAAACUAUCAUCCAAAGGGUCUAAUUAACCCCAGGGAAGACUCCCCAUGGAGUGGAGUGUGUGCAUUAUCAUAUGCGGAAUAGCGAUUGAAUCCAUUGACCACGGUAAUAAUAGUUACAAUAAAAAGCGCUUAUAAAUGUAGUAUUAAAGCGCUAUACAAAUGUGACUAAUAUUAAUUCUGUGUUGAAGUGCAUAAGUUAAUAACUUUCUGGCUCCAAACAGAAAAUAUGUUUCUAUCAAAGACAUAAUAUGAAAUUUGCAAGACUUCUGAACCCUAUUUGUAAAAAGAAUGUGGCUUUUCCAAAGUUGACCUAAAGUUAACAGCUGAAUUAUUCAAACCCUUUCCAAAUUGUGUAUGUUUUUUAGGGUAUGUGAAAAAUUGAUUUGUCCUGAUUCAUGUUUUAUGAGAAUGUGACUUUGUAAAGCUUACAUUUAAACAAACAUCUUAAUUCAACCAGUACACCUAUCAUGUUUUAUGAGAAUGUGACUUUGUAAAGCUUACAUUUAAACAAACGUCUUAAUUCAACCAGUACACCUAUCAUGUUUUAUGAGAAUGUGACUUUGUAAAGCUUACAUUUAAACAAACGUCUUAAUUCAACCAGUACACCUAUCAUGUUUUAUGAGAAUGUGACUUUGUAAAGCUUACAUUUAAACAAACGUCUUAAUUCAGCCAGUACACCUUUCAUUCUUGAGUUAGGAAAAGCACAAGAAACAUUAUAUUACAAGGAGUAUGAAUAAUUCAUUUGUUAACCGUACAUUCUUCCCAACAUGCUAAUGAUUGCUAUUUGUGUAUGAGUUUUGUACUACAGAAUUGCAUGUUACAUAUAUACAUGCUUAAUAAGAUUAAAUGUUGCCAGAUUUUGCCACUCUGAGAAGAAUGGGGAAGUCUUGAGGCUUGAGGCUUAUGCAUACUAAAUUACAAGCUCAAUGGAGGAUUUAAUCUGGUCGUCCAUAAUACUGAAGGGAUUCCAAACAUUCUUGCAAAUAUUUGGUGUUUUUCCUUUACAUGAACAGUGUAUGUUUAAAAAAGAUUAAUAUCGCUAUUGAGAAAGGGCUUGAAUACUGGAAUGCAUUAUGCUGUCUCAAUAUAAUAUUGAAUGUUUGACCAGAAAAGAUCAUAAGUUAUUCAACCUUUUCUAAAUACACAUGUAUAAAGUUUAAAAGGUACUUUGGUGGAAAGUAAAAUCCAACCUAUUCUUCAUUUAGAUUGCUUUAAAGUUUGGACAAAAACUUUGAAGCCAUUUCUGAGGUUGUCAUUUUGAAUAAUAAUGUUGAUGAUGCCAAUUCCUUUUUGUAAUUUUACCAUAUAUAUUCUCCAAAGCUUUGUUCUGAUAUUUCCAAAUGUAAGAAAUUGUUUUUUCCCCUCAUGUUGCAAUUUGAUUUACUCUGACUUAUGUAGGUGUUUAUUUGGAGGCAUGUGUGUGUGUGUGUUUUUUGUGCCUGUGUGGGUGUGUGUUAUUAAACUAAAGGAAUGCAGUUUUGUAAACGUGUGUGUGGGUUUGAGUAUUGUGCAUUUAUCCAUAGCUCCAUUAUGAUACUGAAAUUGGGCUUCAUUGUGUGGAUGUGGGUGUGUAUUUAUGUGCCUUAUUACACUACGCUGCAGUUUUGUAACCUUGUUUGGGUGUAUCAAUGUGCAUUGCUAUAGUACAUGACUAUUCUUCUGUUACCCCAUGUGUGGGUGUGUGAGUGUGUGUUUAUGUGCCUCAUUACACUACAAUACAGUUUUUAUAACCUAGUGUGGGUCUGAGCAUUGUCCGUACAUUGAGUCUUCCUCCUUACAGUCUAAAAAUGAGGAUUCCUUGUGUGGGUGUAUCAGUGUACAUUGCUACUACAGGACUGUAUUUUGGUAACCAUGCGUGUGUGUGUGUGUGUGUGUGUGUUUAUGUGCCUUAUGACACUACACUGCAGUUUUGUAAUCUUGUGUUGUGUAUUAAUAUGCAUUGCUAUACUACAGGACUGUGCUUAUGUACACCUAAGUGUGGGUGUGUGUGUGUGCCCCUAUAUGUGUGUGUGUGUUUAUGUGAUACAAUAUUAUACCUAGGCUUUUGUUAAAUAUGGGUGUGGGUGUGUGUGUGCUUUCCUGCAUGUAUUUAUCACCGCAUACUAGAUCUCAUACAGAUAUUUCUUUUAUCCAAA